AGAACUCGGAGACAAACCGUAGAGGGCGCAGGGUCAAUCCUGUAUCCAAACACCUCUUCUUCUAGACCACUUUGGACUUCGGAGGCUCGAUUGAUCUCUGCUGAUGUUGAGAGUCGACUUGAGUGACCCACGAAGGGAAGGAUAACUCGUUGGAGACGCAAAGCGUUUAAGUAGGGACCUCUGUAAUCAAUGCUCGCUUACUUUCUCUUUCAAGAUGACAAACCUGAAAACCGAUUCUCCGCUCUCUCGUCGCAUAGUCCGUGCCUUCUUGGAUUUUCUCGACUCUGUUGAACCUGCUUCGGGGGUUGAUCUUGAAGGUCUUGAGGUUGCAAGAGAAUGUUUGACUGAGGUGUUCAAACUAGAUUCAUUGCCUGGUGAUGACCACCGAAAUUCUGAUUCACUGAUUGACAUAUUUAGUUCAUUGGAGGCAAGUGAACAUAGCAAAGAUAAAUCUAAUCUGAGUCAUGUGGCAACCUCAGUGGAUGCUCCUAGUUCAUCCUCUACCCAGAAUGCUGCUGACCAACAUCUUACAGAGACAUCUAAAUAUCUGAAUCAGGGCGAGGAUUGGACUAGAGAAUCUAAUGGAUUUGGGAUGUCAAAAGAUGAACUAUUUGGGCAAUUCGUUGCAGCAUUGGAGAAAAUUCACUUUUUCGAGACAACACCGGAUGGGAAUGAUGAUGCGCUCCAACUGGAUAAAGCCACACGCUUGUUUCAUGAUACUCUACGUGAUAUGGAAAAAUCUGGAUGUCAGAUAUACAGCACAACCAGCCUGGCUGAGAGCUUAAAAUCUCUAGGUAAUCGGGCCUUGCAGUCAAGUCAGUUCACUGAUGCAAUAGAGUUGUACUCUUGCGCUAUUUCACUUUAUGGAAACAAUGCAGUAUUCUACUGUAACAGGGCAGCAGCCUACACUCAGAUUGGCAAAUAUGCCGAGGCUGUCAGAGACUGUCUCAAGUCCAUUGAACUUGAUCCAAACUACAGUAAGGCAUACAGUCGUCUCGGAUUAGCGUAUUAUGCACAAGGGAAGUUUAGUGAUGCCAUUGAAAAAGGAUUUAAAAAAGUUCUACAGUUGGAUCCAAAUAAUGAAUCCGUGAAGCAAAAUAUCCAGGCUGCUGAGAAGAAAUUGAACGAACACCAGCAGCGGACAGAACGUAAUCAGGACUCGAGUUCAAGUAGCCACAGUAAUCUAGAAUCCGAUAAUCAAACAGGAGGGUCAAGAGGCCAAGGCAUGCCACCUCCAUUUGCAUCAGUAUCGUUCAAUGGUACACCCAUUCCCAUCGACAUUGCUAGUAUGUUUAUGAACAUGGCAGGCAAUGCAAACCAAGGACAACAAACUCAAAAUAGGGCGGGAGAUGAGAAUGUGAAUUCUGGAGAGCCUGGUAUAAGACUAGGUGAAAACAUCAGUUUGAAUUUUGGGGAACAAAUGCCUGCAGAGCUUACAGGGGCUUUGAGAUCAAUGAUGCAAAUGUUCUCAGGGGCAGCACCCCAAGGGAAUUCCCAUGACACCAUGAAUGGAAGACCUGAAGGAAACUGAAUGACUAUUAGCUUCCUAUCGUCAUCCCUUUCUUCAUUUUCUUGUACUAUAAUCUACUCUAAAAAAACUUCAUGUGCAUAAGUCACUCGGAUAAGAUCAAUACUUGACAGAGAGAAUGAUACUGAAUGUAAGCGACACUGAUUUUGUAAUGAUGCCGUAUAAACCAAUCUCAUUUCUGUAGGUUUGUGGUGGAUGGUGGGCAACAGUGUCUGUUUGGGUAUAGAGAAUCACCCCAAUAUAUAUUAUGAGAGCAGGAAUUUCCACCUCUUGAGCA